GUCGCAUGAAAUGAUAAGGCAUGUAUCUUUGUUGGUGGGACUGUUCACACAUUUGCCCUCAGGCCUGAGCUCCACUCGGAUGCACUGAUGGAGACCAAUCGCCAAAAAAAGAGGGCCCGCCACUGUCGUUGAGACGAAGCAAAGAAUCCUUUCUUCCCUCGAUUCCCAAACGAAGUUGCUCUAAUCCGAGAAGUUCAGAUGACUCUUCGAAUCAGCGAAUGAAAACUGAAAAAGACACUGGAUUUAGUGUUCGAGGGAGGAGGCAGAAAUCAUGGCACCAGGAGCGAAAAUCGAGGGCAUUAGUGAAGAAUUGCAAAGAGUUGUCGACUCAAACAUGGACGACGUGCUCGCCAGGAGGCGUGCUCGCGAGGCCUUCAAGGAGAUUCAACUCGGGAUUGAUCAUUGCUUGUUUAAGUUACCUACUGAUGGGCUGGAGAUGAAAGAGUUGUAUAGGGUGAAUUCCCGAGGAUUGGAAAUUUUCUCUAAAAGUUGGCUCCCAAAGAUACAUCCUUUAAAAGCACUGGUUUGUUUUUGCCACGGCUAUGGAGAUACUUGCACCUUUUUCUUUGAAGGAAUUGCCCGAAAGUUAGCAUCAUCAGGAUUUGGGGUUUUUGCAAUGGAUUAUCCUGGAUUUGGUCUUUCUGAAGGUCUUUUUGGCUAUAUUCCCAGCUUUGAGAGACUUGUUGAUGAUGUCAUUGAGCAUUUUUCCCAAGUUAAAGAAAACAUGGAGUAUCAAAAUCUUCCAAGCUUCUUGUUUGGACAGUCAAUGGGGGGUGCAGUUGCUCUAAAGGUGCACCUGAGACAACCAACUGCGUGGAAUGGUGCCAUUCUUAUUGCACCUAUGUGCAAAAUUGCAGAGGAUAUGGUACCGCCCUGGUUGGUGAAGCAGAUGCUGAUUGGCAUUGCUAAGUUUUUUCCCAAAGCGAAGUUAGUUCCACAUAAGGAUAUAGCAGAGAUGGGAUUCAAAGAUUUGAAGAAAAGGAUUUUGACGCCGUAUAAUGUCAUUUCAUACAAAGAUAAACCACGUUUGGGAACUGCAGUGGAGUUGCUAAAAACCACCCAAGAGAUAGAGCAUCAACUAGAAGAUGUUUCCCUCCCAUUGUUGAUCAUGCAUGGAGAGGCUGAUAUUGUAACUGACCCAUCAGUGAGUCAGGCCUUGUACCAAAAAGCUAAAAGCUCAGACAAGAAACUCCUCCUUUAUGCAAAUUCUUAUCACUGUCUUCUUGAAGGUGAACCAGAUGAUAGAAUUUUUGAAGUGCUCGAUGAUAUGAUAUCUUGGCUUAAUAUGCGUAGUAGAAAAACACCAUGAUUAUGUUUGAGAAUGCAAAUUUGUAUUUGAAGUGCAUGUCUAUAAAAACUCAUCAUCUGGAUACCUUAAAACUUAUGUAUUUAAAUUUGAAUUUGAAUCUGGCAUCAUGAAAUAUAGUUGUAAUGAUAAGGUUUUAAUUAUAAAGUUGUUAAUAAGUAA